AUGACCGAUCGGACCAACAGCUUCAGCAUGUCUGAGUCUAACCAUAAGCAACCUAACCAACAGUCUAAGUGUAGCUCGGCAUCAACUUUAGCCCCUGGUCUGCAACCUCCUCAGUCUGCUCCUGACUCCACAGUGAACUGCCAGGACUUUGACGGCUACUUGAAGUUUUACAAGGAGGCAGCCAGAGAAUUAGAUGUCAAUCCAGACUGCCUGUCUAGCACUAUUGCGGACAUGUGGCAGAAACUCCCUGAGGAUUUUCGUGAAACUAUGGUAACCAUGGCAAUGGUGGAGAACUCCACUGAUGACUCCCAGAUUAGUGAUCUCAGUGAUGACUUGAAAGAAGUCACAAGUUCUCUUUUCACUGAACAAGAAAAUAUGAUGACAUAUCCCAUGGAAGUCAUAGACGACUUUCUUGAGAAACAAGAGGAAGCAUUGGAGGUCAAGGAUUCUCAAGAAUCGAAAGGAAAAGUCUCCAGUCUAGACUCCAGCAGUGACUCUCCUGGGGACUGGAACAUUCUGAGUCAGGAGGAUGAAAGCUGCACACUGAACUUUGGUCAAGACUUUGGCAUGGAUUUUAGUGAGGAAUGCUUCUAUGACAUGAUGGGGAGCAUGUCUUCUUCACAGCUGAGUUUGAUUCCUGAAUGUAAUGAGUUGGCUGUGGGUCCUGGUGAACAGCUCUUGAACUCUCCUACACACUUGGAAGAGCUGCCUGAGGUGCCUGAAGAUUGGUCUGGAAUCUUUGAUUUCCCUGAUGAUCCACUGUUGUUCUAA